AUGAGUAUUAGCGUCAACGAUAAUCCUGUCCUUGUUGCCCCUCGUCCCGUCCGUGUUGCCUCCGUGUAUCCCCAUUUCCCUCGUUCUGCCCACUUUAGGCUCUCCAGCGCUGCGAAUGACUCAGAACGUCUAGUCAUCCCAGAAGAUGACGCAAACGGCGAGGAACGCAAGCUGCCCUCCCGUGUUCACUCCUCUGCCUCCGUUGAUAAGGAGUCAUGCUCCCCUCGAGCAUCCCCUCUCUCCAGCCUUCCAUCGGAGGCUCUAGAAGAGUUCCUUUCCAUCUUACGCCCAGCAAUGUUCUCCUCCACGUCCCCCAUCUUGCGUUCCCGCCGUAACGCUGCGAUGUCACUCCCCAUUGGCCUGCAGUAUAGGUCCAGGACGAAACUUGACCUUACCCCGUCAAAGGCAGAAUAUCAGUAUGCAAACCCGACAGAUGGUAGUGAUGUUGAGAACGAUACUGUAACUUGCUCCCCAGAGUCUUUUGGGGAGAACUUCACUACCAACUGGGACAGUUACGCUUCCGAGGUAACUUCCAGAUGGCACGCUCAAGUGCUAGCUUCGCCCAUUUCCCGGAUGCACACCCGUAAUCCUUUCCCGAGGUAUGCAUCGCAAGAGCAUGUCCCGUUACCUGUCCCUUCUCCGGACGAGUUGCGGGAGGUUUUCUGA